AUGAAUCUGUAUGUGCUGGUGGUUUACGGUCAUGCAAUUGGAAUGCUAACCACAGCCCUUCUUGCACUCCUCUUUGAAAGCUUUGAGAUGUGGAAAAUAAAAGGUGUUUUGGGCGUCUGGACAAAUCGACCCAAAAUUACUUUACCAGUGUUGAGCAACAUAUUCUUCUUGGGGAUUACCGGGAUGGAGAAAUUAAAUAUCACUAGAUUUAGCAGCCAAGCAAAGAUAGGUGGAACUUUGGUGGCCUUUGCGGGUGCUGCCUUUAUGACCUUGUACAAGGGCAUUGUUGUAAUUUCAUUCUCUUCACCACACUCUGCCCAUUCUAGCAAACUAAGGGAAUCAUCAGAGAAGGAUUGGAUGAAGGGCUCCCUUCUACUUAUUGUUUCAUAUGUUUCACAAGCAGCUUUCUACAUCUUGCAGGCUCCAACUAUUAAGAAAUAUCCAGCUCCACUCUCACUCACCUCAUUAACAUGCUUAGUUGGCACACUGCAAGCAGCAAUUGUAACAGUAAUUGUAGAUCACAAGGCUUCCUCUUGGAGAUUGAAUUGGGACAUUACAUUACUUUCUCCUAUUUAUUGUGGUGUUAUGAUAUUUGGAGUAACUAUUUACAUUCAAACAGUGGUAGUAAAGAAAAGAGGUCCAGUAUUUUUGACUGCCUUUAGGCCAUUGGGCACAGUAAUUGUAGCCAUAAUGGCACUUCUGAUUUUGAAAGAAGCUCUACACUUAGGGAGUAUUCUUGGUGCUGUCAUGAUGUUUGCUGGCCUAUAUAUGGUCUUAUGGGGCAAAGAAAAGGAAAAGGGAGAUAAACCAACUGCUAGAGAUUUAGCUGAUCAAGUUGAGCAAUCAAAAUCGUCCAACGUAGAAGAAAUUAGUGAGAAUAUUGUAAAUGUUUAA